CCCGGUCAGGCGCCCUAUGGGCACCUAAACCCGCUCCGUGUGUGACGUGUAGGACCUCCUCCUCCGACACACAGCAGCAGUAAUGGCGGACUACGACAGCUACGAUGAGCGAGACCGGGCCUACGGUAGCUUCGGUGGCGGCAGAGGGCCCCGUGGCGGUGGCGGCCCCGGAGGCCCCAGGAAGCAGAAGGAGCUGCCGUCAGAGCCUCCGUUCACGGCGUACGUGGGGAACCUGCCGUUCAACACGGUGCAGGGAGACAUCGACAUCAUCUUCAAAGAGCUCAACAUCCGCAGCGUCCGAUUGGUCAGAGACAAAGAGACAGACAAGUUCAAAGGUUUUUGUUAUGUCGAGUUUGAAGACUUGGAAUCUCUAAAAGAAGCUUUGACGUACGACGGUGCUUUGCUAGGUGAAAGGUCACUGAGGGUCGACAUCGCAGAGGGACGAAGGCAAGAACGAGGAGGCGGCGGCUUCGGCUUCAGGAAAGACGACGGUAGAGGACGAGGAGGUUCUCGAGGAGCUCCCAGAGGAGGAGGAGGAGGACGUGACUCCCGAGACGAGUUCUACGACCAGCCAGGUGGAGGUUUUAGAGAUGAUGACUACAUGGGAGGGCGGAGUCGAGGCGGUGGCAGUCGCCCCGGUGACAGAAGGGGGGGAGGUGGAGGCAUGGGUCGCUACAGAGAUGGACCCCCCCGGGGAGGAACGACAGACUUCAGGGAACCGUCUGAAGAGGAGCGUGCACAGCGGCCUCGGCUGCAGCUGAAGCCUCGGACCGUCUCUGAGCCGCUGAACCAGGUCGCCAACCCGAACUCCGCCAUCUUCGGCGGAGCCAAGCCACGAGAGGAGGUGAUCUCCAGAGAAAAACCAUAAAAGACUGAAGGCCAUGAGGGCCAGAGGGAGGGGGAGGGGGAGGGGGUGGUGAGGGAGAGAGGGAGGGGGAGACGGAUAGAGAACUUUAACUAGGAAAAUCAAAAAAAGAAAGAAAGAAACGCCAACGGGAUGAGUUUAAACGCCACAGUUAGCAUUCCUUCCUGACAGACAGACAGCGAGUGAGCGGACGCCGCCCUCCUCUUCUUCUUCUACUUCUUCUUCUUCUUCUUCUUCUUCUUCUUCCUGUUUGAGUUCAGUUUGAGCAGAAUAUUUAUUCUUAGUCGGAAUAAAGAUGAAACACACUCUGACACUGAUGAAUAAUAAACCUGUAAACACAAACACAACAAGCAGCUUGUGAAUGCAUGUCCAAACUUUGCGUUUCUCUGCCCCGCCCCCCUCACUGCUGCUUACUGUGAUGUCAUACCCGCUUCGUCCAGUAGCCCCGCCCCCUCUUUCGGCAGGUCAAAGGUCAGCCACCAUUUACUCGCCAACAGAAAGAAGCCCAGUGGUUAAACCUGUAAAGUCGUCUUUUAUUUUUUUGUAUUUUGUAGUCGUUCAGCUGCAGCCCCGCCCCCUCAUCCUGAUUGGUCGAGUCAGAGAUGAACUAUUUUUUUCCUUCUUUGCUGUCGCUUGUUGCCGUGGUGACUCAUCAAUCAGGUUCUCCAACUUUGAUCAGAGGAAUCUUUUCAUAUUUUUCUCGGUGUUUGUUGUUUUAAUCAGCCUGUUGUCCCGGGUGGGCGGGGUUUAACCUGCGUCAGGACGGACUCUCGACAAGCUCACCCCCCAACCUGCCCCCUCCCCCCCAGACCCCCACCCCUCCUGGUAUCUUCACCAGAUACCUGAAAACGUUUUCUUAAAAUAGACGCUGAAUCUAUAGAUCGAUGAUGGUCUGAUUUCUGUUCCCAUGAUGCACUGCUGAUAGGAGCACCUGUUCAGGUGACGCUUCUGUAGUUGACCAAUCCCAAUGAAUGCUGAGAAGCAGAAGACCAAGUGCUACGUUCACUGUCUGUAGGAUUUUCUUCCAUUUGGCAUCCAUUUAACUCUCACAUAUCGCUGUGUUCAGCUGCUGAGGAAAAAAGGGAAAAUCAAAUUCAAAAUGAAAAUCACAUUUUUGAUUUUUACAAAAAAAAGAUGCUGAAUGGAGUUUGUAGUUUGUUUUGCUGCAACAAUAAACUCCAAUCAUGGACACGUUUGAUUGUGUCCCACACACCCUGAACGCAGCACAGUUUACACAGAGGGGGUGUGGCCUACAGCUACGGCUCCUCUGAUAGGUUGUCUCGAGCUGAUGAGUAAUCUGGAUGAUGCUGUGAUUGGAUGUUUUUACGUCGACAGCGCGCUGAACCUGCCCUGUCCAAUCAGAUUUGAGGCGUUGUCCACACUGAACACAAAAAGAAGUUUCCAUUGAUCCACACUGAAAACUUCACCUGAAAUCAUUGAUUUGAAAAUGGGGAGGGAAAAUGACGGGAGGAUCGAAAAAACUUAACAAACAGAAACAGUUUUUUUUCUUUUUUCUGUUUAAUUCUUAGUUUUUUGUUUCCCUUUAAUUAUGUUUUAUUUUGUCCUGAUUCUUUUAUGAAUUCUCUUCCUCUGCUAAUAUUUAAGCCAAACCUUUUUUUCACUGUUUAACAACAGAAAAAACAAAUUUUAACCAAAAACAAAGGAAUCUCGGAUGAAAAAGAAGGAAGCAAAAACUGAAAACAGUUUUCCAUUUAUUCGUUAUUAAUUUUCUUUUAAAUACUUUUUUCUCUCUUCAUUCUUUUUCCCAUCUCAUAUUUUUACAUCCAUUUUUCUGUCUUUAAAGGUGCUUCAUGUAUAUUUUUGCUAUUGCUACAUAGCUAACGUUAGCACUGACAGCUGUUUACUUCAUUCUUUUACUCAUCAAGAGCUGUCUCCAGAGGUAGAAAGUAACACCGGUGUUGUUUUGCUUUUAUUUCUGUUACUUCUUCUAUUGAAGUUAGCAUGCUAACAAGCUAGCCCUGGGCUGCCUCGUCUUGUGAUACCACUUUGUACCUCAAGAGGUGAUAGUUUGUAAAUGCUACAAUGGCUUAAGCUAAUGGCUGUUAAUGCUAACGUUGGCUACGUAGUGAUAGCAAAAACCUACAUGUAGCACCUUUAAUUAAAUUGCAUGGUCUAAUAUCUGUAUUACCACAGCUAAAGAUCUUAAAAUGAUGGCGCCAAUACACCUUGACAGAAAAGAUAAAUCAUAAAGAAAACUAAUGAGGAAGAAAGAAGUUUCUGUUUUCCCUUUAAUCUUUAAGUUUCUUUUCUUUGUUCCUGUUUACUCAUGUCUGUUUUCUGACUUCUCACUAUUCCAUUUAUUCCCCAUUUUUUGUGGCUCUCCCUCAGGCUCCCGGCUACAUUUUUUUACUCAGAUAAAUUUUGAUUGAUAGAAAAAGUGUUUAAAGAAGGAAGCAAUGAAAGAGAAUUUGGGGGGGAAAUUUAAGAAAAGGGAAAUUAAAAAAGUAAAGAGACAGGAUGUAAAAACAAUGUACUUCUUCCCUAAUUUUAUCAUUUUUUUCCCCUUUGCUUUUUGCUCCCCAUUUUCUCCACCUCUCUUCGCUUUUCCUCCACCUGUCUUUGUUUACAGCACUGACUCAUUUAAACCACCUCCUGACAUUCUCCCCCUGACCAGACGGUGGCGCUAACACGACGUGUCACCAACCGAAAAGAAGAAAA